CGAGUCGUGCUUUUUUCGGUCACCCUGCGGUGUGUUUAGUGUCUAUUGGCUUAGCGUGCGCUCCAGUCAGCUACAGAGUCAAUCAGUUCCGUAGGAUUUCGUUGUAUGUUGCCAUUGGGUAGCGAAGAAACGAGCGGAGUGAGAGGAGGAGGAGUAAGCCAGGUCUUGAGAAGUUCCGAUCGGCUCACUUUCGCCAAGACUCUUGCGCUAAGACUGAUCGCAUAUGUAAGUCCAAGAAUUCGUCAGUGUACAUGCUUGUCACCCAUUCCCGGCCCUCCGUCUGACCUCCCCAAUUUCGGGUCAUCUCCGGGUUGUGGUGUCCAUCGUCCAUCCCGUGUUCGAACCCGUCGGGCUGCCCCUUCCUUUAUCAUCCUUCCCUCCUUCGAUCCUACCUUUGUUCGUUCGUUCGUUCGUUCGUUGGUUCGUUCCUUUGAGCGGAGGGAGACCAUGUCUUGAGGAUCAACAAGAGCAACUCCUCCAUCUGAGAGCCAUCUGAGAGCCUGCCACAGCAUCCCAUUUUCAUCCGGCACCACGGGAAUUCCUGAUUGAUACAAAGACCUUAUCAUGGCUGCCCUGGGGACCGAUGAUGAGCCCAGUACGAACAUGGCGGACAGCUUGAGUCCUAACGCCAGUCAAAUGGCCAGCACCACUCUCGCCCCGCCCUACGUGUGGAACGGGGAUGAGGAGGAACAGGCUCAUGGGGUCAUUUAUUGGCCCGAGUUGUGCGGCUCGGAUCGACCCUUUUGGAACACCUCCCAGUCCUGGCAUACGGAAACGCCCAGUCUGAGCGCCUGUUUCCGGACGUGCGUGUGGAGCGUGCCACCCUUUGUGUACUUUUGGCUGUUCUUGCCCUUCUACAUUCGUUAUGUGCGCCGAGCCAAAGGCCGGGACAUUCCACUGUCUACCUUGGCUUUGGCCAAGUUCAUCGUACUUCUAGCGUUGGCGGGCGUGGCGGCCAUGGACACGGCCUACUUUGCCCUCGGAUCCAGUGUGGCCUUGGUCGAUGUGAUGGAGCCGUUGUUGCGCUUGGCGUGUUUCACGCCUCUAUUGGGCUUGCUCUUCCUGGAACGGCGUCACGGGAUCCGUGUGUCGGGUUUUCAAUGGUGCUUUUGGACCGUGUUCCUGAUCACGUCGGCGUUGGUGUUCUACAGUCACUUGGAGCGCUUGUGGAGUGAGAGCCUCUCGCCCGGGUUCUUUCCGUCCGUCACGUUCAUGUUGUCAGUGUUCCUGUUUGUCGUGUCAUUCGCGCUCCAUUUCUGGGUCGAGCCCGAGCCCGCCUAUCGCGGACCGUUGCAAAUCGUCCAAGCACAGCCCUCACCGCUGAUCUCGGCCAGUUUCCCGUCCCAGCUGGCUUUCUCAUGGUUCACCGGGCUGGCCUGGUCCGGUUUCAAGCGAUCCCUGACCUUUGACGAUCUCUGGGACUUGAACCCUUUGCUGAUGAGUCGCUUCGUCUUCCCUCGGUUCAAUCGGUAUUGGGAGCGCACGGUCAAGCAAAUCCAAUUUGUUCACGCCAAUGGACAUCAGUCGGCUAAUGGCCAUGGAUUGCCUGAUGCCUCAUUCAAUAAAACCCAAGAUGAUGUCGAUUUCAAGUCCACCAAGAAGAGCUCGACCCAUCCGGAUCUUUCCAAACUCAGCGUGUUCCCCGCCAUGGUCAAGGCGUUUGGUCCUGCCUUUUGCUACGGGUCCGUUCUGAAAUUCGUCCACGAUAUCAUGGUUUUCAUUUCGCCAUACCUCUUGAAACUAAUCAUCGCCUUUACGGCUGACACUUCGGAACCGUUGUGGAAGGGCAUCUUUUUUGCCUUUCUGAUCUUCUCCAUCUCGUGUGUUCAAACGCUGUCCCUCUCCCAGUACUUUUACAAGAUGUACGUCAUCGGUUUGUGGCUCAGGACGUCUUUGAUCUCCGCCAUUUACCGCAAGAGUCUCCGAGUGUCCACCACGGCCAAGAAAGAAAUCACCACGGGUGAAGUGGUCAACUUGAUGUCCGUGGACGUCCAAAGGAUCAUGGAAAUGACACCCUACAUCAACAUGUUGUGGAGCGCUCCCCUUCAAAUCGCUGGUGCCAUCUUCUUUUUGUGGCAGCAAUUGGGUCCCAGUGUGUUGGCCGGUCUCUUGGUCAUGGUUCUGUUGGUGCCUUUGAAUGGCAUGAUUGCGGCCAAGUCGCGCACGUUCCAAAUUCUCCAAAUGAAACACAAAGAUCAGCGAGUUAAAGUCAUGAACGAGAUUCUCCAAGGGAUGAAAAUCCUCAAACUGUACGCUUGGGAGCCAAGUUUUGAGAAGUCCGUCAACGACAUUCGCGCGCAGGAAAUCAAGAUCCUUACUCAAAUGGCCUACCUGCAAUCCGGCAGCUCGUUCAUUUGGACAUGUGCCCCCUAUGUCGUGUCCCUUGUCACGUUUGCCACUUACGUUCUUGUGGAUGAGGCCAACGUGCUAACGGCUGAGAGAGCCUUCGUGUCCUUAGCUUUGUUUAAUAUUUUACGCUUCCCACUGAGCAUGUUGCCAAUGAUGAUCACAGCGUUGAUUCAGGCCAGCGUCUCGAUCAAAAGGAUCAACAAUUACAUGAGAGCCACCGAGUUGGAGGAAAAGAAUGUCACCAAGGAUACCCGUCCAUCAAGCCAAGGUGCCAAAUUCGCCGUGAAACUUAACAAGGCUUCGUUCACCUGGAAUGAAGAAGCGUCUGAGCCAACGUUGAAAGAGAUCGACGUCGAGGUCAAAAAAGGCUCCCUCGUGGCUAUAGUGGGAACUGUGGGCUCUGGCAAGUCGUCACUCUUGGCCGCCAUGUUAGGCGAAAUUAAUAGGAUAGAAGGAGAGGCCUCGAUCAAUGGACGAGUUGCCUACGUAGCCCAACAGGCGUGGAUUCAAAACGAAACCAUCCAGAACAAUAUCCUCUUCAAUGAAUCCUUGGAUGACAAACGGUACAAGAAAGUGAUCGAGGCCUGCGCUCUUCAAGCUGAUUUGAGCAUUCUGACGGGUGGUGAUCAGACUGAGAUUGGUGAGAAAGGCAUCAAUCUCUCUGGAGGACAAAAACAUCGGGUCAGUUUGGCUCGAGCCACGUACUGCGAUGCCGACAUCUACCUAAUGGACGAUCCGUUGGCUGCGGUGGACUCCCAUGUUGGUAAGCACAUCUUCCAGGAGGUCAUCGGGCCCGAGGGUUUGUUGGCCAAAAAGACUCGAGUCUUGGUCACACACAGCAUUGCUUUCCUCCCGAAGAUGGAUAAUAUUGUCGUUUUGAAAGAAGGCCAAGUUUCGGAGGUUGGAAGUUACGACGAGCUUCUGGCUCGGAAAGGUGCUUUUGCCGAAUUUCUCGUUCAGUUCCUGACCGAAGAAGAACAGACCGAGUCGGAUGACGAUCAAGUGCGAGAGUUGAAACACACCUUGGAAGAGUGCAUGGGCGCGGAAGAGCUCAACCGGCAUCUGGAGCGGGCUCGUAAAGAGAGUGAGUGCAAAGAGAACUCCGUGGAGCGAUCCAUGUCCGUGAGCAGUCGCAAGUCCAGCGAGGGCCAUGCGGCCAGAUCUCCCAAGUCGCGUCAAGCUUCGGACGCCCACAGCGAUUCGCCCAAUCUCAAACAAGAGCAGCCAAACCCAAAGAAAUUGCUUUCUCCCGAGAAGGAUGGUACUCUUGAAUCUGCCACAAAAGACAAACCCACUCCACCCGAGGCAUCCAAAAAUAAGCAAUAUCUUGAGGAAAAGUCCGAAAGCGGAAAAGUUCAGAUGGCGGUUUACACGUACUACGUCAAAAACAUGGGCGUCAUCUUGUUUGCCCUCUCUGUGAUAUCGUUCUCGGUUAAUCAAGUGUGCUCGGCGGCCUCGAGUAUUUGGCUUUCAAAGUGGUCAGACGAGUCCUCGCGGGCCAACCAAACGGGCACUCUUUCCCAAGAUGUCUAUUUAGGUGUGUAUGGUGCUUUUGGAGUGGGCCAAGGUUUCACGGCGGUCUUCGGAUCCUUGUUUCUGUACUUGGCCACUCUGAACGGUGCCAAGCGAUUACACAACUUAGUUCUGGCCAAUGUGCUAAAAUCACCCAUGUCAUUCUUCGACACUACCCCGCAAGGCCGGAUUUUGAAUCGAUUUGGUAAAGACAUCGAUGUGUUGGACACCACCAUGCCCAUGAUUUUGAGAGGCUGGAUCACUUGUCUACUGGCAGUGCUCUCCACAUUCGCCAUCAUCACCUACGCCACGCCCAUGUUUCUCCUACCCAUUACCGUUGUGCUAGGGGCUUACUACAUCGUUCAGAGGAUUUACGUGGCAACGUCGCGAGAUCUGAAACGCCUUGAGUCGGUGAGUCGCUCACCAAUCUACUCUCAUUUUGGCGAGACUGUGAGCGGUGUGCAGACCAUCAGGGCGUACAACCUCCAAGAGCACUUCAUUCGAGAAUCUGAGAACCGGGUGGACUACAAUCAAAGAGCUGGGUAUCCCAGCAUCGUUGCGAACCGUUGGUUGGCCGUUCGAUUGGAGGUCGUGGGGAAUAUCAUUAUCUUUUGCUCGGCUUUAUUCGCUGUCUUGGGCCGCGAAAGUCUCUCGCCUGGUCUGGUGGGUCUUUCUGUGUCCUACGCUUUGUCCGUUACUCAGACUCUGAACUGGUUCGUACGAAUGACCUCUGAGGUGGAGACUAACAUUGUAGCUGCUGAGCGACUCAAGGAGUAUGCUGAUUCGCCCACCGAAGCUGCCUGGACCAAUACCGCCCACACCCCCGAAGAAUCGUGGCCCAAUAGCGGGUCGAUUCAGUUCGAGGACUAUUGCACACGUUAUCGAGAAGGGCUGCCGUUAGUGCUCAAGGACCUCAGUUUCUCCGUGAAGGGUGGAGAACGCGUCGGCAUCGUCGGUCGAACCGGAGCUGGCAAGAGCUCGUUGACCUUGGCCUUGUUCCGAUUAAUUGAGAAGGUCAGUGGACGAAUUCUCAUCGACAACCUGGACAUCUCAACCUUGGGACUCCAUGAUCUCCGCUGCAAGUUAACCAUCAUCCCACAGGACCCCGUCCUUUUCUCGGGAACUUUGCGCAUGAAUCUCGACCCUUUUAAUCACCACAACGACGAGGAGAUCUGGCAAGCAUUGUCUCACUCCAAUCUCAAGACUUUUGUCAGCGACCAAUUGGCCGAAGGCCUGGACCACGUCAUCUCCGAAGGAGGAGGAAAUCUCUCUGUGGGUCAAUGUCAACUCAUUUGCUUGGCUCGGGCGCUCUUGCGGAAGACCAAGAUCCUCGUCUUGGACGAGGCCACCGCCGCCAUCGACAUGGAGACCGACGAAAUCAUUCAAAAGACGAUCCGAACCCAAUUCAAUACUUGUACGAUUAUUACCAUUGCCCACCGAUUGAACACCAUUAUGGAUUAUGACAAGAUCUUGGUGCUGAAGAAUGGGAGUCGAGAGGAAUUUGAUUCGCCGCAAACGCUCCUGAAUUCCAAAGAAUCCAUCUUCUAUAGUAUGUGUAAAGAAGCUGGUCUGACUCAGUGAUGGAGAAUUUCGAGCACACACCGGGGGACCGAGAGAAAGAAGUAUGGUAAUUGUUGUCGUUCGCAAAUUGAUGUGUUUAUGUUCUUCGAUGUUGAUACCCUCCCCCCCUCCCCUGAGUGUAUGUUCUAAACGAUUUCGUGCCCUCAUGCUUCAUUGUACUUAAAAAGGUAAUACACUAUGUACAGACUAUGCUUUCUCAAGGAAGAGAUAAUUUAAGACAAUAAAAACGACGGUUCUCGUGA